AUGUCUGCAAGAGAUUCCAGUAAGCUGCUAGCGCUAUGGCGCACACUCUGCAUAUUCUUCUGUGUUGCUUCCUUUGCUUCUGCCGCUGCUGGAGAUGGCGAAGCAGAAGCUCUGUUGAACUGGAAAGCCAACCUCACAAGAGGCCAAGAAAUGUUGUCAUCUUGGAGCAAUGGAUCUAAUCUUUGCAGAAACUGGAAGGGAAAUUUCUUGGCAAAUCCCCCUGAAAUUGGGAAUUUGAGGGAUUUGAGGAUCUUGUUGCUUGGAUCUAAUUCCCUCUCUGGUUCCAUUCCCGAAGAGAUCGGGAUGUUAAGUAAUCUUUGGCUGCUUUAUAUGGAACACAACUCUCUGUCAGGUAGAAUCCCUUCAUCAAUUGGAAACUUGACCAUGUUAGAAAUAAUUUAUCUCUAUGAGAACAAUCUCUCAGGUCCUAUUCCUCACGAAUUCUGGAAACUCUGUGCCCUCACUCAAUUGCAAGUACAUUCCAAUAGACUUUCCGGGCUAAUCUCUCCAUUUGUCGGGAACCUAACAAAUCUCACAAAAUUGGCCUUGCACAGUAACAACUUUUCUGGUCCAAUUCCUCCGUCCAUUGGUAACUUGAUCAAUUUAGUUCAGCUCCAUCUUUAUAACAACAGUUUUUCAGGAUACCUUCCUUCCACUGUUGGAAAUAUGACAAAGCUCAUCGUCCUGUUAUUGGACCAUAACAAACUCAGUGGUCCACUUCCACAAGAAAUGAAUAAUAUGACAACUUGGUAUAACUUACAGCUGAGUAAUAAUUGUUUCACUGGUCCUUUGCCACAACAAAUUUGUCAGAGUGGGAGGUUAUUUAAGUUUGCUGCUAAUGAUAACCAUUUCACUGGUCCUGUUCCAGCAAGUUUGAAGAAUUGUCCUAGUCUAUACAGACUCAGGCUUGAUAAUAACCGAUUAGUUGAUAAUAUAACAGAUGCUUUUGGAGUAUAUCCUGUGUUGAACUACAUGGACCUAAGUGGCAAUAAAUUCUAUGGCCACCUUUCAUCCACGUGGGGCAAGUGCACCAACCUCACACAAUUGAUUAUUCACAAUAACGAGCUUUCUGGCAGUAUACCGCCAGAACUAGGAGAGGCACGUAACCUUGGUUUACUUAACUUGUCUUCAAAUCAUUUGUCUGGCCAAAUUCCGAAACAACUAUGGAAGUUGACCUCAUUGAUGAAACUCUCUUUGAGCCAUAAUAACUUUCAGGCAAUAUCCCCACAGAAAUAA